AACACGAUCAAGAUGAGUUGCAAUGGUGCAUUUUCAUACAAGUCUGGCUCUGUUUACAAUGAACUGCGUCUGACAAGAGAACUCAGUGAUGCAGUCAUCAUAGUUGAUAAAGUUGAGUUUCACAUCCACAAGAUAAUCCUUUGCAACAUCAGCCUGUACUUUGUAGAACUUUUCCAGCAUGGGUCAACCCCAGACCAGACGAUCUAUGUCAUACAGGGUCUGACACCACCCUUAAUGCAGCUUCUCAUUGACUAUGCAUACACUGGCUCUGUGUCUGUGUCAGAGGAUAACGUAAAGGACUUGUUGAUAGCAGCAGAUAAGUUCAACAUAACAGGCAUCAUUCAUACCUGCUGUGCAUUUCUAACUGAGCAGCUCUGCCCAGAGAACUGCAUCAGCAUCUGGCAGUUCUCUAAGAAUUGCCAUGCCCCAGAGCUGCAGCUAAAUGCCUACCAGUACAUCUUAUACCACUUUGAGGCUGUCACGAGCUCAUUUGAGUUACAACAACUCUCCUUGCAGGACUUCUGCAAGAUCUUGGACAGAGAUGACCUGAUUGUGAAGGAGAACACCGUUUACGAGGCCAUCCUCCAAUGGAUCGCACAUGCUCCUGGGGAGCGAGGUAAAAACAUGCCGGUGCUCCUGGCCAAAGUCCGUCUAGCUCUGACCAGUCAGGAGUUCAUCACCAUCAGUGUGCUGACUAAUGACCUUGUGCAGAACAGCAGAAAAUGCCUGGAGAUGGUCGCCUUUGCUGCCCGAGUUAUGCGACAAAUGAAAGCCUACUCUGUGUCUGGGUACUGCAAUCUGGUGGCCCGCCCACGACUGCCUUCUGGCAUCCUGCUGGCGAUUGGCGGCUGGAGUGACGACAAUCCUACGCACCUCAUUGAGGCGUAUGACGUGCAAUCUGACUGUUGGGACUACCUGGUGGACCACAUGCAGCACCCCCGAGCGUACUGCGGUGCUGUCUUUCUCAACAACUCCAUCUACUGUGUCGGAGGAUUUGAUGGGGCCGAACACUACAACACCGUCAGCUGUUUUGACUUGAACGCACGCACUUGGCAGGAAGUGGCCCCCAUGCACUCCCGUCGAUGCUACGUGAGUGUGGCGGUGCUAAAGGGCUGCAUCUACGCAAUAGGAGGCUACGACGGGCGUGUGCGACUUAAGACGGCGGAGUGCUACACGCCCGAGACCAACCAGUGGACCCUUAUCGCCAGCAUGCAGGAACACAGGAGCAACGCCAGUUGCACAGUCCUCAAUGACAAGGUGUACAUUUGCGGAGGUUUUAAUGGAAAUGAGUUCCUGCAAACAGCAGAGUAUUACAGCCCAGAGACCAAUGAAUGGACAGUGAUCGCCCCCAUGAACAGCCGUCGCAGUGGCAUUGGCGUCAUUGGCUGUGCUGACUACGUUUACGCAGUCGGCGGAUAUGACGGUGAUGACCGCCUGGCUAGCGCCGAAGCUUACAACCCACAAACCAACAACUGGAUCUUGUUGCCCUCCAUGCAGUGCCCCCGAAGCAACUUUGGCAUUGAAGUGGUAGAGGAUCGCCUCUUUGUUGCCGGUGGUUACAGCGGCGUCUCAACCACCAACCACGUGGAGUACUACGACCUCACCACUGGUCUGUGGUCUCCGGCCAGCGCCAUGAGGAUUUCCCGAAAUGCCUUGACUUGCUGCGUGAUAUCCGGAUUUCGCAACGUGACCCAAUAUGCAAUGCUGCGGAAAAAUUUACCCGAGCUCCUCUUGGAGGAUGGUUUGGAAAGGGAGGAUGACUUCUAG